CUGUCCGGAACCCCGACACCUUUUUCUACUAUCGCGGACACCUGUUCCUGGACCGGACACGGCGCUUGUCGUCUCGUGUAAUGCGCUGUGAUGGAGCCGCCUCCGGCUACACGGAAGCCGUCGACAUCACGCCAGGGGCAAACAUACAACGACAAAUAUGUCGUUGUCUACAACUAUGAAGACGUGGACCCGGACGUCGCGAGCAAGGAGAUCACCAUCCUCACCCAGGAUCUCGAAUCUGUCGGUCUUCAAACCGAGGUGAGGCCCGGUCGUGACCAGACACUCCUGGUCUUUGUCAAAGCCCCGCGGAAUAUUCUGGGCAGCUACGUCUAUGAUUCCCGACUAAAAGACUGGCUGUACGGCAUUGUCCAGAGGCAUCCCGGCGGAUCUAAGAACACCGCUGUUGACGGUGCAUUCGAAGCCGAGGACGUGCUGUCCGUGUACCACCUGGUCAACUGGCCCAAGUCCAACGGAGGCGCCGGCAUCACCCCGAAAUGGGGCCAGUGGGAGCAUGUCGAGAGCAUCUUCCCGCUGCACAACGAGCCGGCCAACCUGUCGCUGCUGAGACGGCUGAACAGCCGCUUCUUCCUGACCGACAGCGACUUCGACGAGAUCCGGAACCUCUUUGGCUCCAAGGUGGCCUUCUACUUCGCCUUCAUCCAGACCUACCUCGUCUUCCUCAUCUUCCCCGCCGCCACGGGCCUGCUCGCAUGGCUGUUUCUGCCCGCGUACUCGCCCACGUACGCCGUCCUCACGACGGUCUGGUGCACCGUCUUCCUGGAGUACUGGAAGAUCCGCCAGGUCGAUCUCAGCAUCCGGUGGGACGUCAAGGGCGUCGGCGUGGUCAAAGUCACGCGGCCGCAGUUCCGGUGGGAGCGGAUCGUUGUGGACAGCGCCGGCCGCAGGAUGCACUACUUCCCCAAGUGGAAGCAGGUCGCGCGCCAGCUGCUGCAGAUUCCGUUCAUGGUCGUUGCCACGUUCGCCCUGGGCGUCAUUAUACUGGGCGUGUUUGCUCUCGAGACGCUGAUCUCGGACGGGUACAGCGGUCCGUACAAGGACGCCAUCGAAUACGUGCCUACCGUGCUGCUCGGCAUCGCGCUACCCCGGAUCAACAACCAGCUCGAAUCCAUCGCCACCUUCCUCACCGACUUCGAGAACCACCGGACGGCGGACUACUACGACAUGUCGCGCACGCAGAAGCUCUUCUUCCUGCAGAUCAUCACCAACUACCUCCCCAUCUUCCUCACCGCCUUUCUCUACGUGCCCUUCGGCGAGCAGAUGAUUCCCUGGCUCGAGUCACUGGCCCGGACGCUCGGCGGCGCUCGCGUGUCGCGAUACCUCGGGCAAGCACAGACUGCCCACCACGAGGUCGACAGCGACAGGCUGCGCACCGAGAUCAUGGCGCUGACGGUCACCGGCCAGCUGUCCUCCUUUUUCGAGGAGAACCUGCUGCCGAUUCUCAAGCGCCGCUUCCUAGAAUGGUACCGGGGCAACAACAAGUUCGGGCACUACUACUAUCAUCAUUAUUUUUCCAACAACAAGAACAACUUGAAGUUCCCCUCCGUAGCAGCAGUCGUCAACAACAAUGACAACAACUACAACAACAACUACAACAACGACGACCCGAACGAGCUCGCCUUCCUGGAAAGCGCGCGCCGGCAGGCCUCGCUGGAGCCGUACAACGUGCAGGACGACAUCGCCGAGAUCGUGCUGCAGUUCGGCUUCCUCGCGCUGUUCUCGCCCGUCUGGCCGCUCAUCUCGAUCGGCUUCGUGGUCAACAACGUCAUCGAGCUGCGCACCGACUUCCUCAAGCUGACCCGCGAGCACCAGCGCCCGGCCCCCAUCCGCACCGACGGCAUCGGGCCCUGGAUCGUCUCGCUCGACUGCCUCGCCUGGGCGGGGAGCAUCUCGACGGCUGCCAUUGUGCACCUCUACAGUAGUAGUAGUAUUAGUACUAGUACUAGUAGUCCGCCUCCGAGCAACACCAACACCACCAACAACAACAACAACACCAUCGGAGAUGUGUGGUGGACAACACUGCCGCUCACCAUCCUAGUCAGCGAGCACAUCUUCCUGGCGCUGCGCGCGCUGGCGCACUUCGUGCUCGACCGCGUCGUCGGCGGCAGCUCGGAACACAUCCGCCGGCAGCGCGACGAGCAGUACCUGUCGCGCGUCAAGCACCUCGAGGAGAUGGAGGCCAACCGCCGCGCGAAUAUGAGUCUGAACGUGCUGGCGCCGGCCGAGCGGGAGCGCUCGCGCUCGAUCCGCGCCACGGGCAGCGAUGCGUUUUUUGCCAAGCAGGUUGAGGAGGGCGCCAGUGCGCGUGUCGGGAUUGGGUUGAUGCAGGCUUUUAGAUCUACUGGUCCUAGUAUUAGUAGUGGUAGUAGAAAGGCCGGAGGAGGAGGAGGAGGAGAAGGGGGCAAGGUGGUUGGGGACUUGCAGCAGCAACCUAAGCUGGAUUGAUUUGAAGGGGAGUAAUUAUUAUUUGUGUGAUGAUGAAACACCCCAAGUCCUAGAGGCUAAGAGGAGGAAAGAGUGCAAUAUGGUCAG